AUGUCUUUCCCCACCACCGCCGCAGCCCGUUGCUGCCGACAGCUGUCCGGCUCCGUCCGCCCAUCCUCCCUGCGCAUCGCGUCUACAUAUCUGCCCACAGCUCGCACACCGGCUAGCCGCCGAUGGGAGUCGACUGAGGCUGCUGCUGCGCCUGUUAACCCUAAGAUCAACCAGAUUGUUGACCAGAUCAGCCAAUUGACUCUUUUGGAGACUGCGGAUCUUGUUUCAAGCUUGAAGACCCGCCUGAACAUCCCCGAUCUCCCCGUUGGUGGUUUCGCCAUGGCCCCCGGCGCCGGUGCCCCCGGUGCUGCCGCCGCCGUUGAGGAGGAAGAGGCUGCUCCCGCCGCCGCCGAGAAGACAUUGUUCAACCUGAAGCUUGAGUCAUUCGAGGCUACUUCCAAGCCCAAGGUGAUUAAGGAGAUCAAGAACAUGCUCGGCCUGUCACUGGUAGACAGCAAGAAGUUCGUUGAGUCCGUGCCAAAGAUGAUGAAGGAGUCCGUUCCUAAAGAGGAGGCCGAGAAGAUCAUCGAGACUCUCAAGGGUCUCGGUGCUAAGGCUUCCAUGGAGUAA